UUAAAGUCUUACAAACCAAGAUGGUUCAGUGCAGUGUACUUCCGCAUUGGCUCAAAAGCCUUUAACCAAGUAUAUUUACGCUUUUUAGCUGAAAGAGUGGCACGUCUUACGAUUUGAAAGAUGGCUUCGAUGUUUUAGCCAUUGCAGAAGACCUCCUGUUACUUUUUAAACAGUCUUUUUUAGGGAAACCAAAUUGAACAGCGGGACAAGCUAGUUGUUGGCUAUACUGUAGUCUCAUCUACUAGGGACCAACCACUGAGCAAUGUCAGGAAAUCCUGCUAUGGUUAUGCGGGUGGUGGCAUCGGCCUACACAGUGGCCGAAAAGGCUGGGGCCAUCGUUAGGAAGGUGCUUCAUAGUGGAGAACUUGGCAUUGUGGAAAAGACAGGAGCUAAUGAUCUGCAGACACUGGCAGACAGACUCGCACAGCAGAGCAUUUGUGCAUCACUAUCAAGACAUUUUCCCAAACUUACCAUCAUUGGAGAAGAAGAGCUCCCAGCUCAAGAGGUACCAGAAGAUCUUAUUGAGAAGGGCCAAGCAGAGGAAAUCCUUCAGAAGGGCUGUCCAGAAGAAUUUAAAACACUUAAAGAAGAAGAGCUAGUUGUGUGGGUCGAUCCUCUUGAUGGCACAAAGGAAUAUACUGAAGCGUCGAGGUGUCUCCAGCUCCAAGCUGUAGCCCAGUUACCACACAAAGGGUCGGACACUUCUCAGACUCACAGCACAGCUCUCUGGCUCCUGGACAAUGUAACUGUGCUUAUUGGCAUUGCCUAUGGAGGCAGAGCAAUUGCAGGUGUCAUCAACCAGCCGUUCUACAACUACCAGCAUGGAGCAGGAGCAGCUUUAGGAAGAACCAUAUGGGGAAUGCUGGGAUUAGGCGCCUUUGGAUUCCAGCUGCAGGAAGUUCCAGGUGAUCGACGGAUUGUCACCACCACCCGUUCACAUAGUAACAAGGUGGUAACAGACUGUGUGAGCGCCAUGGAGCCUCACGACGUUAUAAGAGUGGGUGGUGCUGGAAACAAGAUAAUCCAGCUUGUUGAGGGAAAGGCUUCUGCGUAUGUUUUUGCUAGUCCUGGGUGCAAGAAGUGGGAUACUUGUGCUCCUGAAGCUAUCCUGCACACUGUUGGCGGCAAACUGACAGACAUGUAUGGAAAUCCAUACAGCUACGAUGCUGAUGUAAAGCACAUGAACUCUGCCGGGGUUCUGGCCACACUACACAACCAUGAGUACUACGUCAGCAGAGUGCCGCAGUCAGUGCUGCAGGCCCUCAGGUCUGACUGAUGUCUCUAGUAACAUGUUCCUGGGUGUUGCAGGAACGUUUCUGCAUUUAUACAUGAAGUCAUAUUCAGCCACAUUGUGUCAAAAUGUCACGAGUCACUUAGAUAUUUUUCUCCUUUUACUCAUCUCACUGAUUUUAUUGAAUAAUUUUGAAGACAUCAUUUAUUUCAGUCGCUGAGACCAAGUCUCACUGUUAAUGCACUCAGCCCUUAAAUUAAGAAGGACACAAACUGAGAGAAGACUCAACAGCAUUUCCAUUUAUUUAAUCCAUUUGGCACAAAUUCAUACAAAUUUCUGACAUCCGAUCAGUUUUUACAUACUGUUUCCAACUCGAAGACUUGCAAAAUUACAAGGCAAAUGGUUGGAUUGAAAUAAAGUAACCUUGCUUUAAUGUUCAUUGGAAGUUUAGAAAUGAUUUACUGCCAUUUAUUCAAUAACUACUGAGAACUGUAAUGCCAACAACCAAAAUGCCUUUGACCCUCGACUGUCAUGCAGUGACUGGAUGUACAACAUUGUUCAGUGUGUAAGCUGUGAACACUAGAAAAAAUCAUUAAAAUGAAAUCUGCGUCAAUCCUGUACUUUACGUGACUGUGUUACAUUAAAAAAUGUCUCGUUUA